AUGCCCCACGUUCUACCUUCGGUAUAUGUUCUGCUUCCGCCAAUGCGCAAGUUCAAGUCAAAGGCAGAGGAAGACAAAAAGAACCUCCCCACGAUUAUCGUGAAGAAAGCGAAGCCCUCAGCGGCAACGCUCCGAACAUUCACACUUCCGCGAAAGCGCAAGUUCGAGUCAGAGGGAGAGGAAGACAAAAAGAACCUCCCCACGAUUAUCGUGAAGAAAGCGAAGCCCUCAGCGGCAACGCUCCGAACAUUCACACUUCCGCGAAAGCGCAAGUUCGAGUCAGAGGGAGAGGAAGACAAAAAGAACCUCCCCACGAUUAUCGUGAAGAAAGCGAAGCCCUCAGCGGCAACGCUCCGAACAUUCACACUUCCGCGAAAGCGCAAGUUCGAGUCAGAGGGAGAGGAAGACAAAAAGAACCUCCCCACGAUUAUCGUGAAGAAAGCGAAGCUCUCAGCGGCAACGCUCCGAACAUUCACCUGCAGCACGGUGUCAACUCGAGGAUUUACGCUGACAUGGCGGCAACAGCCUAUCCUAAAGGUGGUAGGAGUAGCCCCCGCGGCGCGCACUCCUUCCCCUCCUCCACCGCCUUCUCCUCCGGCUCCUCCGCUUCCGCGUCUGGUUUUGCGUCUGCGUUUGCCUCCUCCUCCUCCUCCGCUUCCGCUCUUCCUUCCCAGCCCUACUCCAGAGCCUGAGCUUUUUCGCUGGGCAGGGAAGCUCUUGGGUAACGAUUGA